AUGCCUCUCUGCAGCCUGGAGAAGAUGCUUGUGCUCGGGACUCUAUGCAUGCCGCUCCUGCUACUCGCGGAGCGCCUUUAUUGCCUUUCUUUGCCCCCCCAUUUUCGGUGGGCUCUGGAGCGGGUGUUGGUGUGUGUGGUGGGACCGGUGGGAGUGAUUUUUUUGAGAGGAUUGUGCCCUGCUGUGGGUGGGAAGGGAAUGGACACCGCACGGGCGACUGGACGCUAUCAGAUCGGCUUCAGUGAUGCCUGUGUGGAGGUAUAG